CAGGCUGAGAGCUACAGACUGUGCUGACAGAUUCUUUUUCAGGGAGAGAUGCAUCAUGUUUUUUCUUUAUUGAAGCUCCAAAUCCUCUUCUCUUUCUACGGUACCCAUCAAGUAUGUUCUGGAUCUAUGUAGGAGGGAUCUCCAUACUGCAAAUCCUUGCAGAAUGCCCAAACCGAAGCUGCCAAUUCGCUCUCUUUGGGGAACAGUCAUCUGCUUUUUUCUUGGUGCCGUAAGUAACGCAGUGGAGAAUCCUCCUCAUCAAAUGAACGGCAUACGAGGGCAGUCAGCCUCGUUCCUCAUACAAAUUCCCCCCACAAAAGUGGCGAAUGAAGUCGAGUGGAACUUUCAGUCCAAAAGCGGCAAGACACUCCUGAUCGCGGCAUGGACGGAUGGACAAUGGGAGCGCCCCAAUCCCAGCGACAGGUUUGGGCAGCGGUUGGAAAUGGCUGCUGAGAACUCCUUGAGGAUCAAAGGCCUGGAGAUGGAGGACAGUGGAGUAUACAAGGGUUAUGUGACGCUUCAUACAGGCGAGAUUCCAGAGUACAUGUUUAACCUUACUGUGUACGAGCCAGUACCAACACCAAAGAUACUCCACUACCUAAACUCCAGUUCUUCAGACGGAUGCAAUGUGACUCUGCGGUGUGAGGCACCUGGAAAGGGGGAGUUUAACACCUCCUGGAAAAGAGGGAACCUUCUAAGAGACUUAGAAGAAAGUUCGGACGAGUUUCAUCUCUCUAAUAAUGGCACAAGUCUCGCGUUGUUCUGGCACCUCACCUUGUUGGAACCCAACUUCACCUGCCUGGUCAGCAAUCCUGCUGAUCACAAGAGCGCCUCCGUCAACUUGCUUGGCAUCUGCCCAAAUAGAGGUGAAAGUCAAGCCAGAAGACUGUGGAUCUUUGCCAUCAUUCAUGUAUUCUUCUCGCCCUGGUUGCGGGUUUGGUGACCUGGAAGAAGUGCAAGAAAAGAAGGUGAACGUAAUCUCACCCAUGUAGGAAACUUCUGUUACUCUUUAGCUCCAGUUGCCACCGUUCCUCUGCUUGUCCAUCCUUAGAUGGAGGCGUUGGGGAUGGAAGGGGGAUUGUCCUACUUGGCCUAAUCAAUGGAUUCCCAUUUUGGCAUCUGUAUCUGAAAUGACCAUGGAUGUUCAAGUUAGGUCUUAUAUUUUAAU